UGCAUCUGCACCGGUUCUCAUAUGGAUGCACUUCGCACUUCAUCAUCUGGGUACCUAUGUACCUAUCUCACAUCAAACACAUUCCAGCAACUGUUUUCUUUGUGUUUUGAAUCAUACAAGAAUAAAUCAUACGUGGAAGUUUUUAGGGACAACUAGGGACAACUAGGGAUAGCUAAGACAUGGGGAAAUCCAAAGCACCUGGAAACGUGCCAAAUCGACCAGUCUAUUCUCGAAUCUCCUAUUUAUAUCAAGCAGCAACAUAUCUAGCUAGCCAACCUAAGGAUAUCACAAACGAUACAGUAGCAACACAAGACAAGAAAACCCUUUACUCAAGCAAGUCUAACCAUGGACUUUCACGUCGCUUUAUAACCGACCUCCGGUCUGCCUCGUUAAAGAGUCAAAUACGUCUUUCUCCAGCCAUGAAGCAUACUAUCUGCAAAUUCUGCGAUAGUUUGCUUAUCGAAGGAGACACCAGUAGCUCAUCAAUUGAGAACAAGAGUAAAGGCGGUAAAAAGCCAUGGGCCGACGUUCUCGUCGUUAAAUGCUACGCCUGUGGAGGGGUCAAGCGUUUCCCUGUCCAAGCACCUCGACAAAAACGGCGACCAAUUCGUGAAGUAAACUCGAAGAAGGAAACUAAUCAGAGUUUGGAAGCCGGCAAUCUAAGAGAAGGGUCUUGAGCAGCAGCAAGAUCCUGUACUUUAUCUCUCUACAGGAUGUGCCUAUAACAGGUACCUAUCAAUUCAGCCCAUAAGUCAAACCACCCUUACUGGGGCCACCCUAGUGGGGGCCACCCAUUUCCCAUACAAAAUCAACGAUUUCGCAUAUCUGUAUUUAAUUCAAGAAAAUAGAUAAAAUUAUACAGUCUUUGAUUUUGAGUACGGUAUUGGAUUUUCACCAGGUAUAAAAUUUUGAAAAAAUGGCAGGGCUAAUAUCUGUGGUGAAAUGAAUACAAGAGUAUACACUAACAAUU